AAAAGAUGGGUAGAGCUCCUUGUUGUGAGAAAAUGGGAUUGAAGAAAGGUCCAUGGACUCCUCAAGAAGACAAUAUUCUCAUAUCUUACAUUCAAAAUAAUGGACAUUCCAAUUGGCGUGCCCUUCCUAAACUUGCUGGACUAUUGAGAUGCGGAAAGAGUUGCAGAUUGCGAUGGACUAAUUAUUUGCGUCCAGAUAUAAAGAGAGGAAAUUUCACCAAAGAAGAAGAAGACACUAUAAUCAAGCUUCAUGAAAAUCUUGGCAAUAGAUGGUCCGCAAUAGCAGCAAGAUUACCAGGACGAACAGAUAAUGAAAUAAAAAACAUUUGGCACACCAACUUGAAGAAAAAACUCAAGAAUUAUCAGCCUUGUCAAAAUUCCAAAAGACACUCCAAGACUAGUCAUGUUUCCAACAAGGGUCCUACAACUUCUGAAUCCUCCAAUAACUCUGAUCUUAGUACAAGUACUAAACAACACAUUAAGAUUGCACCUAACUCACCACAACUUUCAUCUAGUGAAAUGUCAAGUGUGACGUUAGUUGUUGAUGAUAAUCAGAUGGUGAUUAUAAAGGAAGAAAAAAUCGAGUCAUCAUCGUCGGAGUAUUUUCCAAAGAUCGAUGAGAGUUUCUGGGCAGAUGAAUUAUCGACGGAGAAUAAUAUGAUUAUUGGUCAUGAUCAAGAAAUACAAGUGAGGGAAGAAAAUGUAGACAUAUUUACUACUAGUUCAAAAAUGGAGGAGGACAUGGACUUUUGGUACAAUGUUUUCAUAAAGACAGGGGAUUUGCCAGAAUUACCAGAAUUUUGAGGGGUCUAUUUUGAUUAUUAUGUAAAUUUUGAGAUUAAUUAGUGGUAUUUCUAGCUAAUAGUUUUUUCUUUUUUCUUUUAGGAAUUUUUGGAGUUGGCAAGUUUGAAAUUUCAUGUUUGUUUAAUCUUGACUAUUAUUUAGAGUGGACCCCAAAAAAAUAAAAAAAUAAUUCCAA